AUGCAAGUUCUGAGAUCUUUUCAGGUCAACGAGAACAUACAGUUGAAGUGCACAUUCAGUGGACAACCGCUGCCAGCUGUUACAUGGGAGAAGGAUGGCAAUCUCGUGGAUAUGAACAAGAAUUAUAACAUCAUUACUGAAGACGGGGUCACAAUUCUCCGAUUGGAAUGCACAACGCUUGAAGAUAACGCCAUAUUUUCGUGUACUGUUGCGAACAGCUUCGGAAUGCAGACAGCCACUUGCAAGGUCAUCGUCGAAGAUGAUGUGCUGGAGCAUAAACGGAUCGGCACACAUGUGAUCUGCGACCGCGAAGACGCCAGUGGAGAAGUGGACGCGGUUGUGCUGAGCCCACACAAAUCCGCGACGACAUUCACAUUCGCUUCUUCUGAAGUUGUUGAUAAAACUGAAGAACCCCAAGAGGCCAUGGGAGCGAUCUUCUAUGAAGGCCAUCGAUGGACAACAACCGUUCUUCCUUCUUCCACUGGAGGAUGGUGA